AUGACUCACACUUCGGCGAAGUCGUAUUGUAUCCCUGGAUUGUUUGCUCAAAGAAAGGGAGCAAGGGUGGCAGACGUUGAGGCUGUUGUUAUUGACAAUGGAACUGGAAUGGUUAAGGCCGAAUUCAACGGACAUGACGCUCCAAUAGCUGUCUUCCCCAGCAUCAUUGGUCAGCCGAGGCACGCCGGCAUCAACUUUCAAAUUCAGAGAAACCCUGAAAUUAAGAAGUAUCCAAUAGAGCAGGGGAUCAUUCAAAACUGGGACGACGCGAGGAAGGUAUGGAGCCACACUUUCUAUAAAGAGCUGCGAGUCGCCGCCAAAGGAACGUCCAAUGUUCUCCUCACCGAAGCACCCCUCGACCCUAAAGCAAAGAGGGAGAAGAUGACACAGUUCAUGUUUGAACCCUUUAAUAUCCCUGAUAUGCAUGUUGCCAUAGAAGCUGUACUCACCUUGCAUGCCACUGGUCGUGACACAGGAUUGUUGCCAUACACUCCAAGUUUUAAGAAAAUAUUCAGUGAUAUCGUACCACCACGCCACCAGCUUACGUCGUGUGAUUGA